AUGAUGUUUGUAGCCGAAGGAGGCAGUGUUGAUUCUGGUCGAUAUAAAACCCAUUCUCAGUCCAUACAGUUUGGACCGUGGCACAUUUCCUACGAUGUCAGUUCUAUUUUACCGAGUGUUUGUUCCACAAAGAUUGUUUGUGAACGAGACGACGAUCAAUACUGUCAGUUUUGUAUAUACUGUAAAGAGCUAAGUAUACCACACUUUCCGGAUAUGGUAUUUCCAAAAAAUAUACUUAUAUUGUCUCAUGAAAGUGGUGCUUUCAUAAAUUUUAACCCACUGGAUGCUCUAAAGUGUGUAUCAAAUAGAGUUCAAGCUAUUGAGGUUGCUUGUGCAGAAGCUUGGCAGGAAUCUAGACCAGAUGCAGAAAAGAAGAAACAAAAUUUUGAUUGGACUUUCUCAACAGAUUAUAAAGGCACAUUAAGCAAUGAUAUUGUAGUAGAGUCAACAGAUGAAAAAAUAGAUUUUGAAUUGUUAAAACAAAGAGACCAGAUACUCUUCUACCAUGAUUUGACACUGUUUGAAGAUGAACUGCAUGAUCAUGGGAUUUCCAAGAUGUCUGUUAAAAUUAGAGUGAUGCCGUCCUACUGGUAUGUGCUGCUGAGAUACUUCUUAAGGGUUGAUGACGUCCUAGUGCGUUCACACGAGACCAGAAUGUUCCAUAUGCUGAACGCUAAUUAUAUCCUCCGAGAAUUUACCGCCAAAGAAUCUACAGCCAAGGACUUAAAUAUGCCAACAACGCAGAUGAAGGAAGCAGACGACGUCAUACCUUUUCUCCCACUGAAGCAUAAAGUAACGGAAAAGUUGAUGGUGAAGGUCGAUUCUAAUUCU